AUGUCGUCUCACGGCGGCGGCGGUGGCGACGGCGGCGGGCCGUCCUGCACCCGAUAUCCAGCCUCGGCCACGGCUGUCAUGGUUGGUGCGCGGCUUCCUGAUGCAGACUUUCCAGUCAGCUGCGGCAGCAGAGGUGGCAACGCAGCGAGCGGGUCCUCGGACUCCGUCGCGGGAGGCGGCAGCACAGGCCUCGUUUCUAAUCCGGCCAGCGUGAUUGGCGACGACGAAGACGACGACGUAAAGGAAAGCGGCCGUGGCUCCUUGUCAUCAAAGAGGCAACGAAGUGUCACCGGAGAAAGCAAAAACGUGAGCUCCUUGUCGUCGCAGUGCAAUCGCCAGACGCCGUGCCAGCACUGCAUUGCUCGCAAGAUUCCUGAGCGAUGCAAGACGUUCCAGCCGGGCGAGGACCCAAACGACCUCGGCGCGCGCGUCUCGCGCCUCGAGAGAAUGAUGCAGGACAACUUUGGCAAAAUCUUUUGCAUGCUUAGACCCGUUGCCGGUGCAGGCAUCCAGGAAAGGGAGAGUUUGAGGCAGCCCCAGCCGCCGGCGCAGCAGGACUGUCACGCUUCGAGUAAGAGCUACCUGGACAGCGGGCAUGCCCAUUGCAGUGCGCAGGCGAGGGAGGCACUUGACAAGGGCGAAGAGGUCACGGAUCGCGAGCGCUUCUACCCCGACCAGUUUACGACACCGGCACCUGCCUCGUCGAUGAAGAUUGACAGUCUUUUGGACUCGAUCUCUGGCACAAAUCAGGCUGUGUUCACCGACCCUGUGCGUUCGAUACAGAGCGGCACCGAUCUCGACGCCGUCAUGUUUGAAUAUGGCGCUUCGGAGAGCACGUCGCAGCCUCUCCUGUCAGCACUACCGCCCAGAGAGCUGGCUGACGUCCUCUUUGAGCAUUUUGUCAACGACAUCAUCUGGCUCAGACAACCGAUCCCGCCACGAACCCUCAAGGUCAAAUAUGACGCUCUGUGGGACAGUGGCCCGACGUUGACGGCCAGCAACAUUAACAUUUAUGCCGUCAUGAUGAUCGUUAUGGCCAUGUCGAUGCUCUCCGUCGAACGCCCUGGUAUGGUCCCCGACGAUCCGAGGGCCAUUCGACUCACGGCCCGUAGGCUUCACUACGCCGGCAUGCGCGCUCUCUUGGUCAGCACGAUGCUGGGAAGGGAGGACCUGGAUCAAGUGAUGGCCUUUGCCCUCUCUGGCCGUUUCCUCGUUCUCGACCGUCGCAUCAUCGAGGCGUGGACAUGCGUGGCAAAUGCAGUAAAGGCCGGCCACAGCAUCGGCCUGCACCGCGACGGCAGCAAGCUCCACCUCCCUCCUGCCGAAGCAGAGGAGAGGCGAAGGGUCUGGUCCUCUCUUUACUUUUCAGAGAGGAUGCUCUGCAUGAAUCUCACCCGCCCAACGGCCAUCGAUGAGUCGGUUUGUGAUGUCGAGGCGCCUUCGGAAAACGACAGCGACGUUCUGCUACCCGAUGCAAUGAGGGCCUCCACGCCGCCGCAGCUGCCUCCUGGCGUCGACCGACCCACACUCAUGACCUACAGCAAGCACCGCCAUCGCCUGGCCCUCAUCAUGAGCCGAAUCGUCUCUGCAUAUCAAGCUCUUGAUCGACCGGCUCAUUAUACCGACAUCACCUCGAUCGAUCGCGAGCUCCUCGAUUUUUAUGAGUCGCUUCCUUCUUACCUGCAAGCCCGCAUUACUAGGGAUGGCAAGGUAGAAAAGGACUCAUCGCUAGAUGCCGCAUUUCCUUAUAUUCCCGUACAUCGCUACUUGCUGGGCACCGAGGUGUGCUUUGUCCGCUGCGGGCUCCAUCGGCCCUAUCUCCUGCGCUCUUCGGGCAAGCAAGGCGAGAGGUACAUGUACAGCCGCAAGGCUUGCGUCGAGGCGGCCCACCAUGACAUUCUACUUCGACAGGAUUUCAUCAUGGACCUCCGGGCCAAGUUUGGUGAAGGAUGCGUGCCCCUAGCAUACUCUGUUCACAUCGGCACGGCCAAGUGGUUCAACUCGCUUCUCAUCUGCAGCAUCUACGUCCUCAUGGACCCGCACGCAGACGACGCGCCCACCAUGCAGGGCCAUCUGGAGCGUUUCCUCACUUUCUUCGAAGAGAAGAAGAGGAAACUUGAGGCGCGCGACGAGAUGAAGGAAAGGGAGAAGCAGAUCAUCAAACUCUUCCUGAAUCGCAUCGAUGAGCUACGGAAGAAGGAGGCAGCCAAGAAAGGCAACAACAAGAGGGCACCGACGGAAGAUCAUGGCACGACGAGGAAGACCAAAAGAAAGUCGAGCGGCUUAAAGAAUGAGACGAGUACCUCGUCGUCUACGGACGAGGAGGGAGAUGCGCAUGCCACGGCAGGCCUACUCCUCGGUCUUCAGCAGCAAAAAGUUGGCGGUUCUUCGCCUCCCCCUGCGUCUUCUCGCUCGUCCAACAAGACAUCGCCCAACUCUGGUCUGCGCCAAUCUUCCGGCGACUGGUCGCCCAAGAGCCUGCCUCCCUAUCUGCAGGGCCAAGGCGUCAGCUCCGGAAGCUCUGUCCACAGUGCUUCUCCCGGCACGACUAACAGCAGCAGCGACGAUGCUCAAGCCAUCUUUGAUGCGUGGUACACCGCCGAAUUCAUUGCUGGAGGAUCUGUUCUCGACGCCGCUUUUGGACAGCAUCCACCCUCUUUCUCGGGCAACCCUGGCAAUUCUGCUGGCGGCGGUAGCGGUGCCGGCGGUUUCAAAGUCUCGCAGGCCAUGCCCGCCAAUGCCUUUGAGAUGAUGGAUAUUCCCAGCUCUAACUUGAUCAACUCGACACCGGCUGCAAUGUCUCCUGGCGCCUUUCCCGGGAACGUGUCAUCAUCUUCCUCGUCAUUUCAGAGUCAAAAGGCUGCCGAAGGACCGGCUUUGUCAACAAAUCCCUACACCCCUGCCUCGUCUACUUCCAUGCCCGGCAUGCCUUCGUGGCCCGAAGCGCUAGCUGCGUCAUCUAUCAGCGCCCCUGCGGGAGUGGCUUCUGCAACCCCAGGUGUGGUUGCUGCUGGUGCUGCUACUGCGGCUGGCGGUCAAGGAGCAUCUGCCAAUGACCCCGCAAGCUUCGAUCCGAACUUCUGGCAGCACCUGAUCAACAAGAUAUCGGGCUAA